GUUUGGAUAUCUGUUGCGAAUAUAUAAUAUAGUUAAAUGUUUAUAUUCCACAUUUUAAAGAGAAUUAAACGAAUCGGAUUUGGAUUGAUAUAGUGGUCCAAUGAUACCAGUCAAGAAAAGGUGAUUCCAGAAAGACUCGAAUAUGCAGAGUAUAAAGAUGAUGUUGAUUGUAGAAUUAGCUGUUAUGUUGCUCAUACAAGGAACGGCUUCCGAAUCCAGUGCAGAGGAAGAAACCAAAUGGGCUGACACCUUGAAAGAUGUAUUAGAAAAUCCUGAAUCAGACACCAUUAGCGAUCCUAUAGAUCCUCUUCCAAUAGAAGACGAAUUUGUAAUGAAAGAUCGGGGUUCAUUUCCUGCUAAAGAUGUGGAGGUGGUCCUUAACUCAAUGAUUUUGAAGGGCCUUUCGCAGAGGAAGGUCGAGGGGUUUAAAAUGGAACCCUCGGAGAAUAAAACCCUAAGUUUCAGCAUUUACUUUCCGGAGUUGAGAAUAAAUGGUAAAUUCCAAUUAUCGGCAAAAACGUUGCGUAAGCGUUGGACCAGACAUGGGGAUUUUGAAAGUACAGCUAAAGAUGCGAAAGCUGAUGUAUUUUCGAGUUUAGAUGUCCAGAAGACUGACAGUGGAACCAAAAUUAGACUGAAAGACAUAGAUGUCAAUCCAACUAUCCCUGAAUUAGUUAUCAAAUUUCAUGGCUUGCAUUUUCCUUUCAAGCAAGCUGUUAACACUGUACUUAAAAAGAAAGCGGAAGAAUUUAAGAAGGACGCCAAAGGGAUAAUACAGGACUACAAAGAGGAAAUACUGGAUUUCUUAAAUAUCAUGCUGGAUAAAAUGGAAUUCUGAAAAUAUAUGUUCAGAAUUUAUUGCGAUGGCAUGGUAGGUAACGUUUAGGAACUUAUCAUAUCAGCAUUAUCAGAUUGAUUUUAAUUGUGUCUAAUUUUUGGAAAUAAAAAAUGUUUA